AAUGGUUUCUAGGUAAAUCACUUCUGGGUCGAAUUUGGCGCUGUUGCUGUUUCCACUUUUCUGUUAUUCGUCAUCAGCUCCACGUUAUCUGGUAGCUUUAUCGUGGCAUUUAAUGUGUUGUACUUUUGGAUAUCUCACUACCAAACACCCCGACUCGAUAUUGAAUAUCAGCAAAAGUUAAGCUUUGGAAUGGGCAGUCAUUUCCGCAGCUACAUCUGGGACCCGGUCCUGAUUUUGUCCCAGAUUGUGUUGAUGCAAUGCAUCUACUACAGCUUCCUGGGUCUGUGGCUGGCUGGAGUGGACAGUCUUGUACAAACCAACAGAUCACUGGACCAGAUCUUCAGUUAUGAGGUUCUUGGAUUUGCAACGAUGCAGGGCAGACUCUCAAUGAUGGCAUUCAUCUUAAACUCACUUACCUGUGCCCUGGGCCUGUGGUUCUUCAUCCGCCGAGGGAAGCAGUGUCUGGACUUCACUGUCACCGUGCACUUCUUCCACAUGAUAGGCUGUUGGAUCUACAACGCCCACCUCCCGGCGGCCCUGUCCUGGUGGCUGGUCAACGUGGCCUGCAUGGCUCUGAUGGCUGUGAUUGGAGAGUACCUGUGCAUGCGGACUGAGCUCAGGGCCAUCCCAGUCAACAGUGGACCUAAGUCUAACCUUUGACCUCUGACCUCCACCUGACCCCACUCUGUGACUCUGGCUCACUCCCUGUGAACUGUUCACCGACAGUAAUCUGCCCAGUAUGAUGUGGGGUAUGACAUUUGUGCCCAAAGACUUGGUGGGACUGGGAAGCAAGCUGCAAUAAAGCAGUAGUUGGAUGUAGAGACAGAGAUGUGCCAAAUUGGAACGUUGCACACCUCUCAGUGGAUCCAAGGACUUGGAGAUUAACUGAAAUGGUGCUGGUUGCUGUAUUUAUUUGUAAACAUGUACUACCUGUCUAACAGUGAAUGCUAACUUCUUCCUCGACCCACUAAGAUAUCACUUGCUUUGAGACAGUUCGAAGCAGAGUUUAGUUUGUCUUACAAAGAUCUUAAUGGUUUCAUGAUUUUAUUAAAUGAUGAUGAUAUUCACAUAAUGAUUGUGGCGAAA